CAAAAGCCGAGCGUAGGGUCUCGCAGGAUUCAGUCGGCGACUGGGAAUGUUUGUAACAAGAAUUAGUUCUGCAGCUCCGAUAUGCCUUUCCUGGAAGCAGAGAGUUUGAGAGCGAGGGACAUCAUUAUCCGAGUCCUGUGGGUAAUCAAGCAGCAGCGUUUGGUCCACGGGAGUCCGCGAGGAAGGCACGAAGGCGAGCCUUUUUGGCUUCACAGUGCCUCGGUCCGUUCACAUCUCCAUACCUUCCAUUUCCCCACACGUGCUAUUUAGCGCAUGUGGUCCAGCCAUUAAACACCCUUGCCCUCGUCCUUUGCUCGUGCCUCCAUUUCCCCUUCUUUUUCGUUUCUCUCUCAGUUCUUCUUUUUAUUUGUGAUACCCAUCUCUAUUAUCAUGCCUGCAAGAGUCAUCGUUGUCGGUGCUGGCCUUUCUGGCCUGAGCGCCGCUCACACCAUCUACCUGAAUGGUGGAAAUGUCGUUCUACUAGACAAGAACAACUUUAUGGGUGGAAACUCCACCAAAGCCACAUCCGGAAUCAACGGUGCUCUCACUCGCACACAGACCGAUCUCGGUAUCCAGGACAGUGUCAAGCAAUUCUACGAAGACACCCUGAAGUCGGCCAGAGACAAGGCUCGACCAGAUCUCAUCAAGGUCUUGACAUACAAGUCUGCAGGUGCCGUCGAGUGGCUGCAAGAUGUCUUCAACCUGGAUCUGACCCUUGUUUCCCGUCUCGGAGGGCAUUCAUUCCCUCGUACCCACCGUGGUCAUGAUGCCAAGUUCCCUGGUAUGGCCAUCACAUAUGCCUUGAUGCAAAGGUUCGAAGAGCUCGCCGAGACCGAGCCUGAGCGAGUGUCGCUCAUCAAGAAGGCCAAGGUCACCAAGAUCAACAAGGAUGGAAACAAUGUUACUGGCGUCACAUACACAUUCGGCAACGAGGAAGUCACAGUUGAUGGCCCCGUCAUCCUUGCGACAGGAGGCUACGCUGCCGAUUUCACAGACGACUCCUUGCUGAAGAAGUGGCGGCCCGACACCUUUGGUCUGGCUACCACAAACGGUGCUCACGCUACUGGUGACGGUCACAAGAUGCUCAUGCAGAUUGGAGCCAACGGCAUCGAUAUGGACAAGGUCCAGGUCCACCCUACUGGUUUGGUCGACCCCAAGGACCCUGGCUCCAAGUGGAAGUUCUUGGCUGCCGAAGCUCUUCGUGGUGAAGGCGGUCUGCUUCUGAACAACAAGGGUCAACGCUUCUCUGACGAACUUGGACAUCGUGACUACGUUUCCGGUGAGAUGUGGAAGGAGAAGGAGAAGGGAACAUGGCCAAUUCGCCUUGUUCUCAACUCCAAAGCAUCAAACGUUCUUGACUUCCACACCCGUCACUACUCAGGUCGUGGUCUGAUGAAGAAGAUGAGUGGCGAGGAACUCAUCAAGGAGAUUGGCUGUUCGAGACAAGACCUUGAGAAGACAUUCAACAACUACAACGAGAUCGCCGACGGCAAGCAGAAGGACCCUUACGGCAAGAAGUACUUCCACAACUUGCCAUUCAAGGUCGAUGACACCUUCCACGUCGCUGUUAUGGAGCCUGUCCUCCAUUUCACCAUGGGCGGUAUCGAGAUCAACGACCAAGCACAAUGUCUGAACUCCGAAGGCAAGCCAUUCGACGGCCUCUUCGUCUGUGGCGAACUUGCUGGCGGUGUACACGGCUCAAACCGUCUCGGCGGUUCAUCCUUGCUCGGUUGUGUCGUCUACGGUCGUGUUGCCGGUGACUCCGCAAGCAAGUAUCUAUUCCAGCAGGUGUUGAACGGUAGCGGCUCUUCCGCAACUCAACGCCUGGGACAGAUCAGCCUGCACAUCGACCCCAACCAGCCUGGCAAGAUCUCUGUGGAGUGGGCAGACGGUGUUGGCACCGGUUCUUCCUCAAGUGCAGACGAGGCCAUCAAGAGGCAGUCACAACAGUCUGCUGGUCCAGUCAUGACGCCGGCCGGCAAGACCGCCGAUUCCUCUGAUCCCGCCAAGGUAUCAAAGCCCAACGACAUCAAGGACUUUAAGGUACCCGAGAAGGAGUACACUCUCGAAGAAGUUGCCAAGCACAACAAGAAGGAGGACCUCUGGAUCGCUGUCAAGGGCGUCGUCAUGAACGUCACUGACUGGGUAGACGAGCACCCCGGCGGUCCUCAAGCUCUGUUCAGUCACAUGGGCAGAGACGCCAGCGAAGAGUUUGAGAUGUUGCACGACGACGAGGUCAUCCCCAAGUACGCCGCUGGCAUUGUGAUUGGCCGAGUAAAGGGUCAAGAGGUCACCCUCGAGUAUUGAUGAAUCCGUAUAAUGGGGAAAGGACCAAGGGCAGGAGUUUUCUGGGAUCCAAACAGA